GCCCGUCGCGCGCGCCUCUGACGUCAUCACCGCGCGUCGGAAGUUCCCCCCUCUUUCAUGAACCGGCGCCGCCGCCGCCUCCUCGGGGACCCCUGGGGGGGCGGAAAACGGCCGCGGGGAGAGGGGCCGGGGGGGGACCCGCGACCCGAUGGCACCCCCGCGGCGGUGGAGGCGGCUCUGGCGGCCGUGGCCGCUCUCUUCCCUCGGCGCCUCUUCGGGGAUGCGCUGCCGCCCCUCGUCCUGCGCCAUCAGCUCUACGACCUCGUCCCCGACCGCACCGCCGUCGACCGGCACCUGAACCGCCUGCGCGAUGAGGGCCGCGUGCGGCUGCUGCACCUCGGGCUCGGCCCCGACGAGCUGGCGGUCGUCUUCAUGGAGCCCUACAGGGAGAAGGUGUUGGCGGCCGUGGCCGGGACCCCCCGCGAGGGGCUGGUGCGGCGCUUCCUGGAUACGGCCGUGGCGGCGAGCGCGGCGCUGAGCUACGAUGAGGCGCAAAUGCGGGCGCUCGGCUUCGAGGACCGCGACAUCACGUAUGGGGCAGUUGGUGGCUCUGGGGCUGCUGACGGUGCGCGACGUCGGCAGUUGGUGGUUGGCGCUGCCGGGGGCCGGGAGGGUCGUCCGCGCCGUGCUGCGAGGCCGCCGGGCGCUGUUGGCGCUGAUCCGCCGCACUCGGCACCGGGAGCUGCCGCUGGCGCAGGUUUUGGGGGGGUCGCGGCCCCCCCCGGGACUGAGCCUGGGGCUGCGCUUCCUUCUGCACGACCUUCUGGGGGCGCAGCGCCUGCGCAGGUUCGCCCCCGCGUGGUGCGGGAGCAGCUGCUGUGGGUGAGCGGGGAGGGGCACGGGGGGGUCCACACGUUCCGGGUGCCUCUGGUGAUCGUCACCCCCGGGGGGGCUCUGCUGGCCUGCGCCGAGGGGCGCAAGCGCUCGCCCGACGACGUGGGGGCCAAGGUCAUCGCCUGCCGACGCUCCCCCGACAGAGGCGCGACGUGGGGACCGACGCGGGUGGCGACGGACGACGGGUGGUCUCCGGACGGGCUGAGUUUGGGGGCGCUGGGGGUGGCGGGGGGGGACGUGCUGCUGCUCUUCGCCCGCUGCGCCCACCCCCCCCAGGCCUGCGGCCCCCCCACCACCCAGCUCCUGCGCAGCCGCGACGACGGGCGCUCCUGGGGGGCCCCCCAAAACCUCUCGGGGGUCCUGGGCAGCGAGGUGUUCGCCCCCGGGCCCGGCUAUGGCAUCCAGCGCCUCCCCCCCGCGCGGGGCCGCCUGCUGUUCUGCGGCCAUGGGACGCUGGAGCGGGACGGGGUGCGGCUGCUGCUCAGCGAUGAUGGGGGGCACAGCUGGCGCUGGGGGGGGACCCUGCCCGCCAUCCCCUUUGGGGCGCCCCGGCGCCCCCACGACUUCACCCCCGACGAGUGCCAGCCCUACGAGCUCCCCGACGGCUCCGUCGCCGUCAGCAUCCGCAACCAGAACUUCUACCGGUGCCGGUGCCGCAUGGUGGCGCGGAGCUGGGACGGGGGGGCCUCGCUGCCCCCCAGCGCCGUCGCCUUCGACCCCGUCCUCGUGGACCCCGCGGUGGCGGCCGGCGUCCUCGUCACCCGCGGCCUCGUCUUCUUCAGCAACCCCGCGCACGAGAGCCAGGGUGAACCUGACGCUGCGCUGGAGCUUCACGAACGGCACCACGUGGUGGGGGCGGGGCCUGCGCGUGUGGGAGGGGCCGAGCGGGUACUCCUCGAUGGCAGCCCCGCCCCCCUCCGCCCAGGACUCCUCCCCGCUCCUCUACCUCAUCUACGAGAAAGGGCGGAGCCAAUCCACCGAGAGCGUUGCCUUGGCGACCAUCAGCAUCGCCGGGCCGUGACCCCCCCAAUAAACCCUAUUCGCCAUUCGCGGCUCCGCGUUAUGCCCGAGGGGGCGGGCUCUGUCGCCAUAGCAACGCAGCGAGGCGGGAGCCUUAGGACCCCAGCGGGGCUGCCAUGCGCGGUGCCUGCUUGGAGCGCGAUGGUUGCGUGGAGAUGAGGGGCUGCGUUGGGGCCCCCGUGCGGUCGCGGAGGGUCAAGAGGGAGAGGGAGAGCGCGGGGAGGGUGAGAGAGAACCCGGCGGGGGCGCGGGUUGGCGCGGGCGCAAUCAGGCGAUCGCC